AUGGCUGUCAGAUUGCCCGGUUCUCCACCAGCAAAGAAGUUUUUCAGUCAAACUGUUACGGCAGCCAGAAAAGCCACUUCAGCUCCUCUGAAUGUACCCAAAGGUUUCUUCACAGUCUAUGUUGGAGAAACUCAAAAGCCUUUCGUGGUCCCAAUAUCCAAUUUAAGCCAUCCUUCCUUCCAGGGCUUGUUAAGCAGAUCUGAAGAAGAAUGCGGCAUUGAUUAUCCGAUGGGAGGGCUAACAAUUCCUAGCAAAGAGGAGACUUUCAUCAGCAUCACUUCUUGCUUAUCAUGGUCGUCAAAAACGGACAUCCUGAAAUGA